AUGGUCAUCAUCGUAAUCAUAAAUAUUAAAAAGGAACGUAGUGGGCUGGGAGAUGGCUGCUCAUAUGGUUCGAAUGUCUUACUCUUUCUCUUUUUUUUUUCGAACCCCCCCUUCAGCUGACAGAAGAAACCCUAGAGGUCCGGGAGAAGUACAAAUAUAAAGACGAUAAAUAUUUGUGAGUACUGAUGGGUCGAGCCAGAACGACCCGCAUCUCGGACAUGCAGGGCAUGCAAGGCACAGGGGGAUGAGAAAAUGUCCAAGAGGGAACAGUGUGUGGUAUGCUCGGGCAGAAUCCUCCCAUCCUUUGGUGUGCCUACUUACUCUCUCACAUCAUCAAUACUACGCACAGUACAGUAAGGACAGUGAAGGAACCCGAAAGACAAAAGGGGAAAAGGGCAAAAGGGCAAAGCCAACAAAAAGAAAAAAGAAAAGCAUCAAGCCAUGCGGUCAUUAGCAGCACAGCAGCAAACCCCCGCGCAGCCCGGCACUUGUCGAUCCCUCAGCACAAGCUAUUUGGUUAUUUGGUACUGCCCAGCCCACGCGGAUCAACGCCCUGCCCCUGCAUCAGCAUCAGCCCAAGGUCCCAAGGUCCCAGGGUCCGUCAACACCUACAUAUGUACAUACAUACACUACUAGGUUACAGCAAAGAUAGUAAAUCGAUCAUAGCGCUAGGAAAAGGCCCCAUAAAGCCCCAUAAAGCCUCAUAUCCCUCCCAAACAUCCGGGCCCUCAAGGCCACACCGCAUCUCUUCAGCCCUCUCUUCUGCCUCUGCAUUUUCUCCAUCUCCGACAGACGCCAUCCGAUUGGGUCUUUAAAGCCUCGUAAGCCGGUAAGCAGCCCUAGCUGCAUUUUCCCUACGGGGGGUUGCACAGCC